AUCUGCACCGCAACCAUGGCCACUUCCGCCGCCACCGCCACAACUGACGCAGUGCCACGCCAGCUGUCACAGAAGGAGCAGGACAUCCAGAUGAUGCUUGCUGCUGAGGUCCACCUCGGAACCAAAAAUUGUGACUUCCAGAUGGAAUGCUACGUCUUCAAACGCCGAAAUGAUGUUAUUUACAUAAUUAACCUUGGUAAGACAUGGGAGAAGCUCCAACUUGUUGCUAGGAUUAUUGUUGCUAUCGAGAACCCGCAGGACAUCAUUGUUCAGUCUGCUAGGCCAUAUGGUCAGAGAAUUGUCCUUAAGUUUGCACAAUACACUGGUGCGAAUGCAAUUGCUGGAAGGCACACUCCUGGAACAUUCACUAAUCAAAAGCAAACAUCCUAUAACGAGCCUCGUCUACUCAUUCUGACUGAUCCAAGGACUGAUCAUCAGCCCAUUAAGGAAGGUGCUCUUGGAAAUAUUCCGACCAUUGCCUUCUGUGACACCGAUUCUCCGAUGCGCUAUGUUGAUGUUACCAUUCCUGCCAAUAACAAGGGGAAGCACAGUAUUGAUUGUCUGUUUUGGUUAUUAGCAAGGAUGGCUCUACAUAUGAGGGGUACUAUUCGUCCGGGGCUUAAGUGGGACGUGAUGGUGGAUUUAUUCUUCUAUAGAGAACCUGAAGAGGCCAAGCAACAAGAGGAGGAGGGAUUACCAGCUGCCCCAAAAUAUGCCAUUCAAGAUUUUGGUGCUGCUGGCAUUGCCGGCUUCCCCGCAGCUGAUGGGGAAUGGGGGGCUGUUACAGCUGAACAAUCCUGGACUGAACCGGUUCCUCAGCAACCCAUUGCAGCUGCUCCUACUAACUGGGCCCCAGACGCCGCUGCAGGUUAUUGGGAACCAGUUCCAGCUCCACAGGCAUCCGUUCCUGCACCUGGAGGUGUUGCUCCCCCUGGCUGGGACUAGGCAUCGAGUUUGGAAUUUUGUUUCUAUGUUUUCUUUGCUUCAUGAGCAAUUUUUCUUCUGGGAUUAUUUCUUUAGGAAACAUACAUAUUUAGUAUUUUGUAGUCUUGGUAUUGAGUUUUAAAAUUUUGUUGACGUAUCGAUGGAAGCUUGUUUAGUUUCAACAAUUUAAGAGGAUUCGUAAUGGAAGUUUGAGCAGUUAAUUGACAACGACAUGCUACUUUUUGCAUGGCAAA